AUGUCUCCACUGGCUGGGGUUAGACGUUUUCUAGCUUCACAUACAGAGAUGUCUUCCGCAAGAAAUCAACCAAGUCAGGGCUUCCCUGACGUACCAUCAACCCUCAACGCUGGCGAUCACGAGAUGCGGAACUGGAAUGCGCACUCGGACGCCAGCGCCCCUCCUAGCACAGCUCCUUACUACACACCGUAUCUCGGUCUUCGAGCACGACUAUCGCAAACAUGGAUCAAUAGAUGGACGGUCUUAUUACUUCUGAUCAUUGUUCGACUUCUCCUCUCGCUCAAGGACAUCAAUAACGACAUUGCCAAUGCCAAGACCGAAGCAUUGUCUGCUUGCACGAGUGUCGAAAAUGUUGGUAGUGCAAUGGCUUCCAUGCCUCAUUAUCUAUCAGAAGGUGUCAACGCUCUCGUUGCUGAUGGCGUGACAAAUGCUAUCUCCGGGAUGAUGGACAUGCUGAUGCUUACUAUUACUGGAGUGGAGGAGAUCGUUCUAUUCUUCAUCAACAUGUAUACGUCCAUGUACGUUUGCUUGAUCACGUUCGCCGUGACUGGAAGUUUGCACGCCGCGAUCGAUAUGAUCGAGAAGGUCGGAACGUUCAUGAACGAGUCCAUAUCUACAAUCACAGGCGAUUUGUCAAAGGAUAUCCAGGGCUUCGAGAGCAGCCUCACCACGUUCCUAAGUGCCAUCAACCUUGGUGGUAUCCUAGGCGGUUCGAAGACGCCUCCCACUCUCAAUGUGGACGGGUUUAUCUCCAAAUUGAACGGCAUUACCAUCGACCCCACGACAAUGGACGCGGACCUGACCAAACUGAAUGCCUCCAUUCCGACCUUCGCCGAUGUACAAAAUGCCACAAAUUAUGUCCUCCGCCUUCCCUUUGAGGAGGUGAAAAAGCUGCUUAAUGAAUCCAUGGCAGCAUAUACCUUCGACAAGAGCGUUUUCCCAGUCGCUGAAAAGCAGGCUCUGACUUUCUGCUCUGACAAUCCCAAGAUCCAGGAUUUCUUCGGUGGUCUUGUGAAAGUGGUCUACGAAGCCCAGAAGAUCUUCAUCGUGGUUCUGACUAUCCUGGCCAUUCUAGCUAUUAUCCCAAUGGCCUUCCUUGAAAUCCGCAGAUGGCACACCAUGCGUCAAAGAUCGAUCUUACUCCAGAAGCACGCUUUUGAUCCUAUGGAUGUUAUCUACAUUGCCUCUCGACCGUACACAGCAACUGCAGGUAUUAAAUUGGCUUCCAAGUUCAAGAGCUCCAAGCGCCAAAUUCUUACUCGAUGGCUCAUUGCAUAUGCUACCUCUCUUCCGGCAUUAUUCGUUCUGGCUCUUGGGCUAGCGGGUCUAUUCAGCUGUCUCUGUCAAUACAUCGUCCUCAAGACUAUCGAGAAGGAAGUCCCAAUUCUCGCCAACGAGGUUGGAGAUUUUGCAGGAACCGUGGUUGCUGCCCUCAAUAAUGCUUCUGAAUCAUGGGCUGCUUCGGCCAAUGGCGUUAUCAAGACCACAAACGACAAAGUAAAUGAAGAUGUAUUUGGCUGGGUAAACACCACAACGCAGGCUCUCAAUGAUACGCUGGUCACCUUCGUCGAUGAGGCGACAUCCGUUUUGAACACAACUUUCGGUGGAACAAUCCUGUACGACCCGAUUAUGGAGGUUCUGAAUUGUCUCAUCGGCCUCAAGAUCGCGGGUAUUGAGAAAGGACUUACGUGGGUUCAUGACCACGCCCAUGUCACUUUCCCAGAAUUCCGAGCCGACGUCUUUUCCCUGGGGGCAGCAGCAAGUUUGACUAAUGCCAGCACUGACCCAACCGCAUCGUUUCUCAGCUCACCGGGCAGUGUGGCAAGCGAUGAUAUCACCAACGCUAUCGUCAAAGUCACCGACAAGUUGCAGGAAGCCAUCAGACAAGAAGCCAUCAUCUCUACAUGCGUGGUUCUAGUCUGGGUUUUGAUUAUGCUCAUGGGUCUCGUGUAUGUGCUAUUCGCGAUGAUGAGCCGAGACAAGACACGAGGAGAGGGGGGGCCUGUGGGCUACACCGGAGACAAUCGCGCGCCUCUCUCGCCUAGAUCCCCGAACCAAACCGAUGUCUCGAAAUUCCCAGAGUUCGGAGGACCAAUUAGCUCAGUACACCCAAUGCAAAGCUCGGAAGAUGUAUGGGCUACCGGAGGGUUAGUGGAUGAGAAGUAUGGACACGUUGGCCACCGAAGCGUGGAUGCAAGCGUCAAGCCCGGUCACGAGAGAGCCAGCAGCUACGGUUAUGUGGACGGAUAUAGCGACGGAAAGCGAUGA